AUGGACCGUGCGCCCGCCCAGGACAAGGACAGCCAGAAGCGACGUAAAAAGAGCCAGGAGAGCACAAGCGGCCUCGCAACAGACAUGGAGGAAGAGGAGCUUGAGCUCUUCCACGUGGUGCAGGAAGAUCUGCGCCACAAGUCUACAGUGGGAUGGCAGAAUGCCGUCAAGGUGCUUAACUCGGCCUACCAGCACAUCGAUCGCCCCGAGAGCCAGGCUUUUCUGGACGACGCCUUCCAGAAGAUCGUCAGCAUCAUGCUGGACCAGCAUGCCAGCAAGAUCGGAUCCUUUGAAAAGUCGUGUGUGACGCAGUGCCUGUCACUCGCAGUACCGCUGGUGAUCGCGCAGAUGAAGGCAGGCAAGUAUUUCCAGACGCUACCGGUGCUGACCAUGAUCUUCAGCAAGAAAAAGACUUUUUACAAGGACUUGCGCACCUCGGCGAUGAUUGGCAGCUACUGGAACAAGGUGCCCGGGUCGCCCGAAGUGCGAGCGCAGUGCAUCGAAGCGUUCUGCGAGAUGAAAGGGUUCCACUUACUGCUGAGCACGUUGGAGCUGCUAAUGCAGAACCACCGUGAAGGCGACGAGCUAGAAGCCGCGAUGGACAGCGAGGACAUUCGUAUCUUGCUGCAAGCACUGCUGGAGUUCCGAACAUCUGUCCCGGAAACCAUCUGCACCAAGAUCUCGGUGCUGAUUAUGACGUACUUUACGAAGAUCUCGGAUUUCGUGCUGAAGAAAGAGUCGAGCGACGCUGUGGGAGCCGUGAUUGGCAUCAUUCGGAGGCUGGUGGAUGCGGGGAUUGUGUCGUCCGAGGCUACCAACGCGUUGUGGCUCGACAUCACCGAGAGAUACGUGGAGUCCACGUCGCUGCCUCUGCGACUCUUUGGCUUGGAACAAAUCAAUCAGAUCGUGAAUUGUGCCCGAGCGUCGCGAGCGUUCCCUCCACGAUACUUUGUGCGCAACGCUGGCACCGCUGCCGUUAACGGUGUGUACACGUUGAAGGCCAACUCCACGUCGGCAACGUACGUCUUCCGACAGCAAGAAACGGGCCAAGUGUUUACGCUCUUCUGCUGCACGAUGAAGAGUGGCUUGAAGUGGUGGUUUAUCUCGGAGGCUGACAAGAUGCAGCCCGGAUCAGAUCAAGAUAUUGACUAUUAUCAGCACCAGUCGCAGUACGAAGAAUACCUGCCACCCACGCACAACUGGAUUCCCACGGGAAAGGGAGAGGCUCCGGCUCCUGAGCUAGUUGCGGAGAGUGUUCAGGAGAACGACGAUGAGGAUCGCAGCCGACUGGACUACAAAUUGAGUGCUUGGGUGGUGGAGAAGAAGAUUCUGGAGGAGAUUUUUGGUGACCGAAUCCAUCGUGAGAUUGUGUCACGCAGUGCGUUGCUGGUGAAGUUUUUGGCGGAUUCCAAUAAGCUGGAUACGCACUCCAUUGACGUGAUUUGGCAGUCGUGUAUCCAGAAAGACCAGACGCUCGUGCACGAAAUCCACAACUUACUAAUCGCCACGGUGCCAUUUUUGACAAAUGAGCUGCUACUGCAUCUGGUGGAAAGUAUCCAUGCCUCGUUAUUGCGAAGCCUGGAGAAGAACGAGCCGUUCCCCGAGCUGAUAUCGUUUUUACAGCGACUGGCAACGAACUCGCCCAGCUUUCUCAUGGAUCGCAACGUGAACGUCACGACGGCGAUCUUGCAACUGCUGUGGUCGAUUCAGAUGCACUGCAGUAUCGCUAACAUUCGACUAAGCAGGAGUUUGCGGGAUUUCUUCCAAGAAGGGCUGCGAAGCGAGUAUGGCGAGCCGCUCCGAAAGGCGUUCCUAAACGAGUGCCUCGAGGGAAUCAAAAAGUCUUGCUCGUUAACAAGCUCGGCGCCAGAUGCCGCUACAUCUCCGUCAUCUACCUUGAUUCCUCCAGCGUUAAGCAGCAGCAGCAGCAGCUCUGUUGCCUUGACGAAUUCAGCAGAAUUAUCUGCUAAGGACGCAACGGCUUCGAAAUCAUUGGAGUUGCUUAAGUUCCUGAUCGACUCGUAUCGAGCUGAUCAGGCUCUUGUGGUGGAAACGCUCAAUUCCGAGCACGGGUUAGUGAGUUUGCUAUUUGAUGAGCUGGCGACUUUUGUGGCACGGAGCACAGAUAAACAGUCUCCAAGUUACCGCACGGCCAUUGGUCAUCGCUUAGAAUUAAUCCACUACAUUCACGUCAAGUCGCCAAAGUUGGAGCUCUCGAUUCCACAGAUUGAACGCUUGUGGCACGUUCUCUCGUCGUCACCGGCCGAGCGCGAAUAUUGUUUGAUAUUUUUCAACCAGACGAGCAUGAAGAGCGGGACAGCACCUGGUACGAGCACUGUCGGUGGGUCGAUAAGCUCGGCCUUUAACUUGGAUGUAUGCUUCUACGUCUUCAACGAGCUUCUGUGUAAGCAAACGAAUUUCCGCACGCUGGGAUGCAUGGGCUACAAGUGCUUUAACACCUACUUUGUGGGUCUCAACGCCCAACGCAAGUUGAUGCAACACGCCGAAGAGGCGUCGGAAUGUGGCUCGCUGAAUCUGCUGGGAAUGGAUGCUCUGUGGCGAAUCGCGUUUGAAGCUCCUCUAGAAGUCGCCGAGAUGGCUACACGUGAGCUGCUUCGGGUUUAUGAGCGAUCGUCCGACGAGCCCACUCACAACGAUGACAGCGAAUCAGAUGAGGCCGUGAAGGAUUUCUUGGCGCGUGUGUUUAAACAGCUGUCUACAGUGGAGGACAGCACACCGGACUCACUGAAGCAAGUGCAGCAGUGCUCAAGUCUUUUGGCAGGACUGGUGUCUAGUGCUCGCAAGAAGCAGAAUUUUGUUUCACAUGGUCUAAGCGGUCGCGGUGCCUACUUUACCAUUAAGAUUAUUGCGCAGCGGAUCCCUUCGUCCAACACCAGCGGGACGGGUAUGACGACUGCAGCCUCAAGCCACGACAAUGCAGUCCGGACGAUGCAGGCAGCAGCAUACUCGAACCAGACGUUGCUGCACUUCCGCAAGCGAAUUGAAAAGCUGGUGGGCCAUCCAAUGCUACAGACGAAAAUUUUGUCGUCGGGGUCAGCAAUUACAGGUGAUCAAAAGACAUUGGCGGACUUGCAGAUCACGGAGUCCAGUGAGUUACGCGUGCUGAUGUUCAAUUCGGUGGUGCAGCGCUCUAGCUCCAGUGUGAUGGAUCAGGAUCAAGUGAUGACUUCAGGCAAGGAAUCGUCUUCUUCUUCUUCAUCCUUCUCGCCAAAGCGUCACCCUGGUCUAGUGAUUGCACGCGAUGCCUCGUACUUUGGGAUUAUGUUUCGUGUACUCGACAUUGUGGAGGGCCAUGCUGUCCACGAGUUGCUGUGGGCCUUUUUGAAGCAAAUCCCUACUAGCGAGGAGCUUCUGAACCGUGUUUCCAACAUUGGCGCGACUGAGACGAGUGACGGAGAUGUUAAUAUGAGCCCCUUAGACGACACAGCCAACGGAGCGAGCAAGCCUGAUUGGUCAUCUUUGGUAAAAGGAAUAUCGUCCCACCAGGCUAUUUACACGCUUCAAAUUAUGGACGCGCUGCUGCUGCCUUCAGAUGCCGCCAAGAUUCCAUUCGCCCACACGUACCUGCAACGCUUCAUUUCUGGAGGAGGAUUCCACGAAGUGCUUUCGUAUUUUAUCAACGCAAAUUUCCAUGAGAGUUCCUUCAAUGAAGGUGCUGCGGUGGCUCUGCGUAUCCUGAAGUUCUGUCUGUUCGACUCGGGCCAUGAUAAUGGACUGUACUCGGCUACUGCAAACGGGGACGCUCCAGUCGAAACUCCGAGGUCAAAAAUAAUUGUGGAGCAAAGUCGGUAUGAUCAGUUGGUGCUGAAAAUCGCAGAGCUCGUUGUGUCGGAAUACACGCGCGUGGAGGAGAAAAUCCCUGCAAAGAAGACUGCGUAUCGUAUCUUGAUUGAUGCCGUGAAGACCGUGGAGUCGAUUGUGUCCAUUGCGAAUGAUGCAGCAGCGAAGUACAUCAAGGCGCUGGAGCCACGCGCUAUCAUUGUUAAUAUUUUUACCAAGUUUGAAUCGGAGCAAGUGCGGGACCAGUGGCUCUCAUCAUUGGAGUCUGUUUGCAAGGCGUCUGACGCAGCAGCCGAGGUGGUCUUUGAGGAAUGCAUCCAAUCGGUCGGUCGUAUUGAAAGUGUGACGGCGCCGUGUGACCAGUACACGCGCAUGCUUUGCUUGUUGGCACGUCUUGAGGGUGGCAAGUCGUCUUCAUAUUGCCAAAAGUUGGCCCUGGCAGUAGUAACAAAGUUGCGUCGUGGGUUCUCCAGCAAGUUCCUUGCCUGCAACGAGCGUUCGGGCGAAGUGCUGAUUGGCUUCUUGGAGUUUUUGCGUGAGGUGUUAGUGGUACAUGCGGAUGUGCGCGCCGGAAUCGCUCGAGACAUCGUAGACGUCGUUUACGAGGAGUGUUUAUUCACGCUACCAUCUGAAGAUCGCCGUCGCUGUCCGCUGUGUGUGUCACUGGAGACGCGACGUCCUGCGUUCAAGCUGCUCGCGAGCGCAAUAUCUUCAGAUGCUAGAAUCCUGCAUGACUUGCACGGUCGCUUAACCAAGCUCUUCACACAGAGUGACGCGCUGCGGUUCAAGUGGGGGCAAGAGAACAACAUCGAAACGCGUGGGAACGGCGAGCACGUCGGGUUAAAAAACCAAGGCUGUUCGUGCUACAUGAACUCAUUCUUACAGCAGCUGUUCAUGCACCCGACGUUGCGCCAAGGUUUGCUUGGCGCCAAGGUGGCACCUCGCCCAACUCCUCAAGAACCUACGAAAGCAGAGGCAGAAAAGUACCCAGAACGCUUGAUUGGCUGUCGUGUGGCGUUGGAGUGUUUGGGUGGCCGAGUCUACGAAGCAAACGUUGUGGGAUACGACGAUCUGAGUGGUCAACAUACGAUGCGGUACGAAAAUGGAGGCGAGGCGACCUUUGUGUUGGCGGAAGGAAGACCAGGAAAUGAGAAUGGGCGCUAUGUGAUUUUGCAGCCGGAGUUGACGGGCACUGACGCGACGUUGGAAGUUCUUCGUCAACUUCAGCGCACGUUCUGUUACUUGCGCGACAGUGAAAUGCGGUACUUCAACCCGAAGGCGUUUGUUGACUCGUGCACUUGUCUGAAUCUCGAGUUCUCGGUGUACCAGCAGAAUGAUGCGACCGAGUUUUGUGAUAAGCUACUGGAUCGCCUAGAAACGGGUCUGAAAACGACACCACAAGGCACGAGAUGUCUCCAGGACGUGAUGGGCGGGAAGCUUAUCUCGCAAAAGCUUCCGAAGGAUUGUGGACAUCGAUACGAACGUGAAGAGCCAUUUAUUCGGUUGGAGCUGCAGAUCCGUGGGAAGGAAAGCAUCGAGGAAUCGCUCUCCGCGUUCGUUGAAGGAGAACUCAUGGAUGGCGACAACAAGGUGGAGUGCGAGUUGUGUGCUACCAAGAAGGCAGCUGUGCGACGAACCUGCUUCGGCUCGCUUCCCAACCUGCUGAUUCUUCACUUAAAGCGUUUCGAUCUGGACUAUACGACGUUCGAGACAGUUAAGCUGAACAACCGGUGCUCGUUCCCUAUGCGUCUGAGCAUGAAACCUUACACCAAGGCGGGCAUCGAAGAGCAGGAAGCUCGCUCGAACUUGCAGCAAGACCGUGGAGAAACAUCGGCGGACGAAGACAUGGCGUCUGAUGACUCGAGCGACUCGGACGAGUUUAUGGCCGACGUGAAUGGCGAUACGCCUGCAAUCCCAGCUUCAUCCUCAGCGUCCACCAAGUCGGACCCUAACUACGAAUAUCGGCUGAAGGGUAUUCUGGUGCACUCUGGAGUCGCUCAAGGUGGCCACUACUACUCCUUCAUUUACGACCACAUGUCUGAGAAGUGGUUCAAGUAUGACGACGAGGAUGUGACUCCAUUUGAUCCAGCCAACAUUGAAGCCGAGUGCUUUGGAGGAGUGCAACGACGCUCGUGGCACGGCUCGAACAAUUCUAUGGAGAUGGAAGUCUUCAGCAACGCGCUCAUGCUAUUUUAUGAAAAAGUUAUCCCCGUCGAGCCUGAGGUAGCACCUGCCACCGAAUCUGAAGCCUCUGUACAAGUUGUUACUGCUGCUCCGGAUGAAGAACGCUGCGAAUAUGAAGCUGAAGUGUGGAAGUCCAACGAGGUUUUCCUGCAAAACUCGUAUCUGUUUGAUGUGGAAUUCCAUGAGUUCCUACGUGAGAUGGUACAGUCCCAGUACAUUAAAGACUCUCUGGUCGCAGCAGCGGAGGACGAUAUACCUAUGGCCAUAUCGCCAUCGCCAGGGACAAACGUCGUGACAGCCCCUCCAGCUGCACCGGUGGCACUAGCAGUUCCAGCACUGGCAGCAGAUGAAGAAAUUCAGGUGACGCUGACGGACAUUGGCGUCGAGUUCGUUCUAAGUGUAUUGCUCCAUUCACGGGAAAAGCAUGGGAUCGCGAGGUGGAUCACGCUGCUGGCGUCUAAGUUCACGCGGUCAAAAACUAUCUGUGUACGCUUCUUCUCGGCUCUAUCGACGUCAAAGCGCGUUUUCUGGUUGCGUGGAUUGCUGUUCGAGUGCCCCGAUUCGAUUGCUCGGCAGUCAUUUGUACACUUGGUUUCGCGAGCACUUACAGCGUACGAAGUGCAUCGGAAGGAAGAGCAAGCGACCGUGAAUGAAGCGCGUUCUGAAGCAGCAGCAGCAGCUGACACGACUGUCAUCCGUGCGUUCCUGGAGACCAUCGCUUCUUUCUUGGAUCAGACCUCCAUCAUGCAGCAGUCCCACUUGGAAGAGUGUUUCAUGCUCUUGCGUAACUGCGCAGAGAUCAGUGCCACGGCGAGGACUCAGCUGCAACAGCUCGAGAUGAUCGCCCGCUUGAUCAACUUUUUCCUAUGCGAUCGUGGCCCGAGCGCGCUAAAAGAUGCUUUUCCUUCCUCGACAUUGCAACCGACGGCUUCACGGUAUGCGUCACCAGACUACCAGUAUUUACUGGAGGCUGUUACUGCAAUUUUAGGUCUUCCAAGGCGUACAACGGAGCCACUGCUUACGGAGAAUAGCACACAGUAUCCCCACCGCACGGUUCUAUCGGAGAAGGCUGAGCAGGCACUAACUGAGAUUUUCGAAGACUACCAGACACCGGGAGGCGCGAGUGGCAACCUUGGCUUGGGUCUCGAAGAGCUAAAAAAGUUCUUCUCGGUGUCACUGAGCAGUGCUACUACCAGUCCUGCAGUGGAGCAGCAGGCUCGGCAUAUGCUAACCAAGUACGGCACACCACUGGAUGGAUUUAUGCUGUAUUAUACGGAUAUGGCAGCGUCGUCGACAAAGUCAGUGCUACAAGAUCUCCGUGCUUUCGGUUUCAGUGAGGACCUCCAGCGACACUCGUUAUCGAGCGGAGACGUGCCCACGGGAGCUCAGAUUCUCGAGGGGCUGAGCCCUCUGAGCCGUGGUGCGCUGCUGAAUGACGUAUUCUUCGACUCGGCUCUUGAGGAAGAGGCAGAAACGACGUGCGAACUUUUGCUGCGGUUGAGUUUGGGAGACCACGAGACAUCCACGCGGUUGUUGCGUGCUCUUCUGCACUGCCUUCAGAGCACCGAAACGGGAUGGAAGGGACAACCUGUGGUGGACGCCUGUGCACUAGCAGUGCAGCGAGUGCUGGGUUAUGAGUGCGAUUACCAGAAGGAACUCGUGGAGCUUGCACUGGUUCACAGCGAUUACGGCUUACUUAGCUCCGCGCGCAGCCGAGAGAAUCUGCGUUCACGCUACGUGAAUACGGCACAUGUCCCUCUGUUUGUAUACCGACAGUUGGUUCUGGUGUUGGAGCUGCGUGCGCGCGUACCGGCAGUCAAUUCGUGGCUAGCAGAUCAUCGCAACAAGUGGGAGUGGCUCUAUGAAUGGCUGCGUAUCGAGUCAUUGCAGCCUAGUCUGGGUGGCCGUCUUUCCCAAUUGAGACGCGAGCCUGCAAAACUCGAAAUGCUGUGGAGGUUGGGUGAGGCGCUGGGGAUAUCCUACCAGGAGGAGCAACGACGAUACGUUGUAGAAGGCGCUGGAUACGCUGCUGUCAACGGCGUGUACGUGAGCACGUCUCACGUCCACGACAACUGCUUGACGUACGCUUGUGUGAAGAGCGACAUCGAGUACACACUGUUCCGCUGCUGCAUGCCCAGUAAAGCUCGGCGCUGGUACAUUUCGUAUUCUCCUAACAAGAACCUGCUCGGAACGAUGUCGGACGAAGACUUUUACUUUGUCCAGUCGCACAUUGACGACGAAUCUCCACCGGUAGAUGGUUGGAAGGUGUGGGUGAAAAACGAGAAGGCCAAAGCGCCUGUGCCAACUGUGCGUCUCCACAGCUCGACGGUGGCGGCACUAGAUGGGGAAGGCGACGCUGCCGACGCGACCGAUUCUGUGGAUGGCUUUAUGGCUCGAGGCGGCUUCGAUGAUGGCUCGAGUGCCCCGACCGCUCCUUCGCCUGAGAUGGUCGUAGAGACUGUGGACGUGGACGCGGACGCCGAGACGGUGGAAUAUGACGACAGCGAGGACGAAAUUCGUGACAGCAAUGAGCGCUUCCGAGCGGUGCAUUUGGAUACACAGGAAGACGGCAGCAGCACGGACGACUUCAUGUAA